CUAGAUUUUGUAAACAAGCACCAGCUCCUCAUAUCUGGAAGACCUGCAAUAUGUUUCUCCUCCAACCCAACUCAUGCCCUUUGUUCCCCUCUUUCCUUUCUCCAAGAUCUUUCCUCCCCAGCCUCUCUCGCCCCCAACGAGGAAGGGUGGGUUGAAGGUACCGAGGAACAUCUUCUCCUCCGCAUCCCUGUCGACUUCCAUCGGUCUGUGUACAUCCCGGGUGAUACGCUGGUUAUUCCCAGUCACACGUUGCAGUUGGAUUUGAGCCAUUUUGCGCACGGCACCUCAUGGUCCAAGUGCAGAGGUGCACAUUAA